CAAAUAGAAGCUAUAAUAGCACCACCCGGAUUUCGUAGCAAGCCAAAGACAGAUUCGAACAAAUCCUUUCGUAUCCGUGGCUCUAAUUUCAACAGUCGAUUUUGCGUUAGUUGUCGAGAAGGCGGCCAGCUGGUCUGUUGUGAUGACUGCCCUGCUUCAUUUCAUCUAUUGUGCCACGAACCACCGUUAACAAUUGAUGAUCUGCCGAAAGGACGAUGGAUAUGCCACCGUUGUGAAAACUCUGAAGUGAAUGCCGAUGAAAACUUACCAUCAACUAGCGAGGAAAUGUGUGAAAAGAACGCCGCUGUGUUUGCUGCGAAGGGUAGAGACGACGAUAGAGCAAAGAAAGUGUCCGAUUCUGAGCGAAACAUCAUCGCGGCUAUUUCAGCAAUAUCCAAAAAUGAGAGCCGUACAACGCACCCGUUGCUGCUGCUAGCUAAAGCAGCUUCAGUGAUGAACUCUUCGGAGUUUGUACUUCCUCCCGAAUUCAGAAACGAGUUGGAAUUUCCAGGCAUUGCUGACGUUGCUCCGCCCGGUCAGGAGCUAAUUUGUUUGCUGGCACUGGAUAGGCUUAAGCAGAUUUCGCAACAGUCGUCUAUCCGCCUCAACCCUCCUCAGCAUUUCAAUGAAAGGCAGUUCGAAAUCCUUUGCUAUAGCAGGUACGGCAUCAAAGUGAAUGGCGUUUCGUACAGCAUUUCGUUGGACUCCUCUUCCGAUGCACUUCCGGCAUACGAUUUUUAUGCAAAUCUGAACGAAGACCGAGUGCGAACCUGUGUACCAGAACUCCUUUUUCAUACGUACUGUGAUUCCCGGCCGUCACCUAAGCAUCAGAUUGGACGCCUGCUUCACUCGGCGUGCCUCUGCGACGAAGAAAAGUGCAGUUCAAGUCCCUGGGAUGGCGGUGCCGUUCUUCAUCACGGAGCGUUAGUGGAAUUUGGCUGUCUAAAAUUCGUGUUCGCAGACACGAAUAGAUCUCUUAGUUGUACCUCGUUUGUAUAG